GGGAGAUCCGAUUACAGUGUGAUUUUGAUUGCCGGUGCAUAUUUGCAUUGUUUUUGUGUGAUCAUAAACAAAGUACAUGAUACAUACAUUUAAUGCUUUAUAAAAGUUUUUUUGCCACUGACAUAUUGAAGAAGUAUUUUGACAUUAGUGCACAAGAUAGCAAGUUUCAAAACGAAUAUGGUUGAAAUUACUGCAACAUUACUCAAUGGCUCAACAUUUUUUACUAAUGAAAGUAUAGAAUGUUUGAUUACAUUAAGCUGUCCUGCUAAACCAGAACUUGAAGUUGCUCAAGGAAGCAGCAAUUCUGUAGAAAGCAUAGCUUGGGUGAGUGCUCAAAUUCAUUGCCAGUGCUCAAUUAAUGAAAAGUUGAUUGAAGCUGAUAAAGUGCUUGGUAAUACAAAACCUGUAGCUGGAACUAGUGACACAUCAUUUGCUCCAUCAAACAAAGAUAUUGGGCAUACAAUUUUAAACACAAAGCCAAAAAUAUUGAUCUGCGAUUUGAAAUUAAAACCUGGAGAACGUAAAUCAUUCAGUUAUAAAGAAGCAAUACCAAGUAAUUCUCCACCUUCAUAUAGAGGAUCAGCCGUGAAGUAUGCAUAUAAAAUUACCAUUGGUGCCCAACGAGUGAAUCAACCAACAAAACUGCUGAAGAUACCUUUUCGAGUAUUAUCUUUGAAAGAUUUACCUGAAGGUGCUGCCUGCAGUGAAAGUGCAGAAUUAACACCUAACAAUCCAUUUUUAGAAGGUCCAAAAGAGACUCCAACUGAAAUUGCCAUGGAAUUAUUAGAGAAUAUAACAGCUAGAAGAAGUCCAAAUUUUUAUAACAUUACAAAUGGAAAUGGAAAAGUUGUAAGAUUUUGUCUUUUCAAAAAUAAUUAUAAACUUGGUGAAGAUAUUGUUGGUACAUUUGAUUUUUCCAAUUCAAAUGUGACAUGUACUCAGAUAACAGUUACUCUGCAAUCAGAGGAACACAUCGCUGAAGAUUAUUUAAAGGGAAAAGCUGCACCUGCUAUAAAUGAUUCGAAUAAACACUCUGAGGUUGUUUUGGGCUACAUGCAUACCUAUUUAAACUUACCAAUUCCUUUUCAUAUAACACCAGAUUUCAGUACAGAUUUAGUGACUUUAAAAUGGAGACUACAUUUUGAAUUUGUUACAUCUGUGAAACCACUUGAAUUUCCCACUGAAGAAACUAUGAGCUGGCAAGCGCCCAUUUCAUUAGAAGUUGAACCUAUGACUUGGGAUUUGCCAAUACACUUGUACCCAACCCAAAUUCCUCCAAAUAUUACUCCAGUUGUACAAAAUAGCGAUAUUAUUUAAAGCGAUAAUAUUUUUGUACAUAUAUUUUAUAAAAUCUCAUUAGAGAAUAAGUG